UUGGCUCAAAAUACCAGAUCAUUUAUUAUAGCAUGUUAAAAUUGCCACUUUGUAGGUAUAAGCAAAAAUUUGCCAUUUUUGUGUGUGUCCUUUUAAAUCCAAAUGAGCUGCACUAAAUGGCAGUGGCGUGGUUGGAAAGUGCAGAUUAAGGGGCGGUAUUAUCACCUUCUGACAAUGGGAGCCAAAUUUCAAUUUUUCACAUGCUUGCAGAGAAUGAUUUACUAAAAUUAAGUUACUGGGUUGAUCUUUUUCACAUUUUCUAGGAUGAUAGAAGCACUGGGGACCCAAUUAUAGCACUUACACAUGAAAAAAGUCAGAUUUUCAUUUAGAGUCAGGAUUAGUCUUGAGUAUUACACUGUAAAAAGUGAAAAGUUGGAUCAACAUAAAAGAAGGACAUGGGUUCAAAACCAGGGAACACACAUACUGGUUACCUUGUAAUGCACUGUAUAAGUCCCUUUGUAAAGCAUCUGCCAGAUGAGUAAAUGUGAAACGUGAUUAUAGAUCAUUUGAAAGAUCUCCAAGAUUUGCACUAAAGGAAAGGCACAAUCCAAGACCUGGAAAUUGCAUAACAACAUGCCAAAAUCUCUCUCUCUCUCUUUCUGGUUUCUGCUAUGUAUCAUUGUUCUGUGCUUUGGGAUUGUGAGAUUGCAUACUGUAUUUUUCUCUGUUCACCCCCCAACCCCACCCCAAAGGAUUACACUGGGAAAUUCAGUGUAAGUGUGGUCCAUCUGUCACUCCAAACCCACUCUAUCCCAUGAGCUCACCGGCUCUGUCAGCUGAUUCCAGUGUUGUAUUAUAAAACUACCAGUCACUUAUGUCAUCAUAAAAUCUAAGUUAUGUAAAUAACUGGUAAAAGACUGGUAUUUUGAAAAAUAGGUCUCACUGUUAUCUUUUCCUUUUCUUGUCAUAUCUACACCAAAUUCCAUGAUCAAUUCCCCAUAGGUCAAAUCAAGUCAGUUUUUGUUUUGCUUAACAACAUACAUAUACUGAAAAAAUGUCACAUUAUGGAAGUGAAAGAUACUGUAAGUGACAGUGUGUUAAAUCUUUAGUCUGCUUGGAUACUUGACUAAUUAUUUCCAUGCCUGUGUGCAUGAAAAGUAUUGUUUACAAAACCUUUCUAUUAUGUAAAUGCCAUUAACAAUUUGGUACUAAGGUCUUGAAACGGCCUUCUCUUUAGAAAUUAUUUUUCACUUCAUUUAUGCUUUGAAUAGCCUCGUAAUGGAACAGUUAUAGGAUUUGGGGACCACAAUGGUGUCUUUAUUACUCAAAGUGUCUUAACCUUGGUCAGACUCCAUUUUGACAGUUUUAUUGGGAGAUAAUGACCUCACAGAACAAGAGCUGAUCAUUCAAUGGGUUUUGUGAGACGAACGUGAAUAGAGGUAAGUACUUGUCAAACUACAAAAUAAUGAAAUUAAAAGGGACUUGGCUGUAAUUACUUUUAGUUUAUUUACAGGGUCAGGGGAUGUUUAUGAAGCAUUUAAACACCAGCUUGGUCAGACUACUAAAAGACCAGCUAAACCUCGAUGGACCAGUAUGGUGGGGAACCCUUUGAAAGGAAUGGGUUUUGGAGGAGGAGAAGAGAAGGCUGAGGAGGAGACCCCCAAGGACCCAGCAAAGGCCGCUGGUAUGACCAGAGAAGAAUAUGAGGAGUACCAGAAACAAUUGGUGGAGGAAAAGAUGGAGAGGGAUGCAGAUUUCUUGCACAAAAAAGCAGAGAGAGCGACUUUAAGAGUGUGUCUACGAGAAAAAUAUCGACUUCCUAAAAGUGAGCAGGAUGAGAACAUGAUCCAAAUAGCUGGAGAUGAUGUUGAUGUUCCUGAGGAACUUCUGAAGAUGGUAGAUGAAGAUGCCACAGAGGAAGAGGAGAAAGACUCCAUCCUGGGGCAAAUGCAAAACUUACAGAACAUGGACAUGGAUCAGAUCAAAGAGAAGGCGAGUGCCACAUUUACCGAGAUAAAGUCCAAAGCUGAGGAGAAGUGCUCUGUCAUGUAAUGGUUUAACAAAAUCAUAGAUUGUGCAAAUUUGUUUUUUAAUUCAAAUAAAUAUCUUCAUUGUAAUCCCUCCCUAAUUUUCAUUGCUGCUGAUUUUGUUUAAUAAGUGUGAAUAAAAAUCACUUCAGUGUAUAGAGGAGAGCGGGGUUUGGGGCAAGUCGUCACAUGCUUUUCACACUCUAAAUAGUUAACCCCGGUUAUUCUUAUCCCUCGGCGCAGUAACACCCUCCCUCUCCCAUUAUGAGAGGGAGAAGGGGAGCGGACUUUUCAGGCGAGUCAAAGUACUCCCAAAAGUGCUAUUACGCCAUAAAAUAUAGUUCCUCUUUUAAAUCCGCUUAGAAAAGCGCUACAUUUUAUUUUGUACCACCAAACUUGCUCGUAUAACUACUCGUCUUAAAUAGGAAAAACGUUGAUGUGUUUGGUCACUUCUAACUUUAUCUCUGAUUGAUACCAUUGAAUGAAUGGGGCUAAGCUAAAUGCUAUCGAAGUGUCGCAGCGCGCUCCAGCGCUUACGUGCACGCACACAGAUGAUAGAGGGAUGUAUCAAACAAUUCUUAGUUAAGGUAAUAACAUAGUUUAAUAUUGAAAAUGAGUAGACUAUUCCUUUAACCUAGGGUUAAAAGCAGGAUUAGAACGAAGAUAACUCGGGGUUAAGCGCCAUGUGAAAAGCCCCAGAGUUAAUAUUUCCAGUUCUGGUUUGAAUUUAAAAAUUUAAAUCAAUAAUUACAAUUAAGUUGUGUUUUUCUUUUUAGACAAUCUAGUGUGACAACUUACCUGCUGAUGGGGCAAAUUGUCACAAGUGAACAUUUUCUAUUUAACAGUCUAAAACUCCAUAAUGAGAUAAGAUAUGAAAAUGUAAUGAAUACAACAUAUGUGCCCAAAACUUCCUUCUUUCAUUUGGUAUGAGAUUUAUACCAUUGUUAUAUAUGGUGCUCCGUUUGUGGGCCCCAUUUACUUCCUUUUCCUAUGGAAGUAAAUGGGGUCCACAAAUGGUUUGGUUACAAACAUUUCUCAAAAUAUCUUCCGUUGUGUUCAUCAGAACAAAGAAAUGUAUGCGGGUUUGUAACAACAUGAAAGUAAGUAAAUGAUGACAGAAUUUUCAUUUUUGAGUGAACUAUCCCUUUAAGACAGUGUAAAAGUGUGACAACUUGCCCCGCUCUUUCCUAAUUUAGGGUGUUGAAUUUGCAGUUUGGGUUUCACUGUUUAUCAGUUUCUCCCCCAUCUAGAUGAUAUUUGCGUGGCUUCAUUGCACAGAUUUAUUUUCUGUUUUAUGUGUUGUUUGAACAAAUGAUUUUUAUUUAGUUUCUCAUUUUCCUUUUUCUCUUUUAAAGUACUAAGUUUAUUAAAAUCUUCUUUUAGUGUCUUAUAGUCAAUGUAAUGUACAUUGCCAGAUUUAAAUAUAAAUAUGAGGCUAAUAAGAAGUAAGUACACUCUAAAAAUGCUGGGUUAUUUUCAACCCAUUGGGUCAAAAUGGAGAAAGCCAGCCGUUGGGUUAAAUUAACCCAGAAAAUGUUUAUAUUUGACCUAACAAUAACAUUUUGGGCUUAUCCUUUUUGACUCAAUGCUGGGUUGAAAAUAACCCAGUAUUUUCAUAGUUUAUUUUUAUUUAUAAUAAAUAGGCAGAAAAGCUCUCUUUAAUCCUUCCCCCUUUUUUCUCCUUUUUUUGUAUACAGAAUGAGAUUAAUUUGAUGCUGUUCAUUUUUUUCUUAGUUUGACAGCAAACAAUCUAGAAUUGACACGUUUAAUGUUGUAAUGCUCACGGAUUAUGUAGUCUUUCUAUGUAUUAACAGUAACUUUGUAUGUGAGAUAAAUAGGCAUGAAUAUCUCAUGUGUAAGAUGUAUUUGUAAACAGGAUGAACACAUGAAUAAAUCACAAUUUAGAAACUGUUGGUCUGUUGUUG